AUGGACGCGCUUGAAGCCGCGUGCGUAGCGCUGCAUGCGACGCCCACAGGCCCCGAAGCCGCGCGCCGCCGGGCAGAAGCGGAGUCCGUACUGAACCACUUCAAGCGCAGUCCCAGUGCGCUGUCCGAUGCCAUCUCCCUGCUCCGCUUAGGUCCGACGCCGCCCGUUGUCCAGUUCCACUGUAUAGCCACGAUUCGAGACGUUUUACUGCAGCGCUGGACGCUGUUCUCGCUCUCGGACAAGACUCAGGCACUGGAUUUUCUGAUGCAUUUAUUACUGGAGAGAGGAAAUGCGCUGUCGCGGUUUGUCGCAGCGGCCGCGCUGCAGACGACGGUGCUGCUGGUCAAACGAGGUUGGCUCGACCGCCUCGAGUCAGAGCGGACGGCUCUGUUGCAUCAAAUGGGGGCUAUGCUGCAGAGUUGCAAUGGUGAAAAUGGUAGUACUGCUGGUACUACGAUCGGGCACCGCUUAGUGGCUGCCAAGUGGCUACUGGCGUUCGUCACGGAGUUUUCCUCGGCAUCUCGAGCGAGCAAGAUGUUGCAGCCAGUUGAAUUCCAUACCAAGUCACGACGCACGUUGGAAAAAAGUGGAGGAUUGAGGACACUUGCUGCAUUGGCGAUGCCGUUAUUGGAGGACUCGAUUCGGAGCACAACAAGUGCUUGUGGUGGUACUGCUGGUGAAGUCCCAGUGGGGCAGUUGGAGCUGCUGGAGACAGCGUUUCGACUUUGUGUGGAGCUACUGAAUUGGCAAUUUGAAGAUAUGCGGGCGGGGAAUUUGACGUGGAGUUUGCGUGCUUCAGCAAACGAGGAGGACACAGGAAAUCGACCAGUGUUGAUGCCGCAAGCUUCUUGGCGACCUAUUCUCGUACGGUUGGAUUUGAUUCAUUCGGCCUUUAACACGUAUGCUUUCUUUCGUAACGUUGCAGCCAAGAACGAAACGCUGCUUCACUUGGCUCGCCAGUUUCUCAUUCAGCUCGCCUCUUUACAGGGUCCGAUCUUUGAGCGUAAAACGGAACAAGUGCAGUUUUUAGCUGAGAUCUUUCGUGGCGUUGUCACAGUCGUACACAAUCCAUUCUUGGAUCUGCUAUCACAAGACGAUGUUGCUGGGUAUGAGCUCGCCACUCGUGAGCUAAUCGAUUGUUGCCAGCUGAUUUUUCGUCUUGUGAACAACAUUGGCCUUGAGGCAUUCCUGCAGGCAAACUCGGGACAGCUUUUGUCUUCUUUUAUCGAGGAACUAGUCUCGUUGACCAGCAAACUUCUACAUUCGGCUUUGGAACGCAUCCGUCGGCACAUGCGUGAAAAUCCUGAUGAUGCGAUCGAUGAGUUUUGGGAAUUGGAGGGUAUUGGCAUUUUAUUGGAUGCUUGGGUUGUACUCGUAAAUGACCCACUGCUGUUCGAGGUGGACGUGUCAGGGUCUACUAAACCUGAAGCAGAACAAGCACUAGUGCUCCUUAGCAACGCAUCAGCACCAGUUGUAGAGCUCUACAUUCAGGUUCAGCUGGAGAUUUGUGCAGUGGAGACUCUAGCAGUACAAGAUGAAGACGAAAACGUUGAAGACAAUGCCGCUAGUAGUGCACGCGAACAAUAUGAGCUGGCUGCAGCUCUUGCUAGGCUAAACGUUUCUACAUCCGCUUUUUUGCUAGUAUCGCUUGUCCGGUCGUUAAUGGAUAACGUGCGACAAGAAUUGGAAAAUCUGCAUGGGCGUGACGAAUCAACCCCAGCGCUCUUGCAACUAUUCGAGAAGCUACACUUUGUUGUUCUCUUCGUAGGGAUUUUUCUUGCGGAUGACUACGAAGGCGAACAGCCUAGCAUCCCAAGGCAAAUUUGCAGCACAUUUCGCGAUGUCGCCACUGCUGAAGAAUCGCCUGUGAUUGAUCUUAUAAUGCUUAUCAUGAGCCACGUGCUUGAUUUUGAGGCGUUGCGUCUUGCCCACAAUCCAACGAGUGACUGUGUUAGCCCAUUUGUAUCGGAAGGGCUUAUCAAGACGAUUACCCGGUUAUGUGCUACGUAUUUCGCUCCAAGCGUGUCCGUUGACUUGGGUAAAACGGCGCCGGUAAUUCAGCAAGUGUUUGCUGUCCAAAGCGGAGGCCGUGCAGUCGAGUUGUUGAAUUUUCUGGUGCAGAAGGUUACUGUAUACCUGCUCCACUGGCCGACACAACCGGUAGUCAUGGAAAACCUGAUCGAACUGUUGCUUGUUCUUUCCAACACCCGAGUCAUGAGCGCCGUCCUAAGUCUACCGGUAUGGCAAACACUCGUCCAAGCCAAUGCGUCUGCCGGGUCGUUUGUGGCUGUAUCGAACAAAACGACGCUGAAUGCAGCUGUCGCAAGAGUCCCUGCCAACCUUCGUGGUCGGCUUACAGAGGCGUUGUGCCGAGCAGGAAUGACAUCACUUGAUCAGAGCAUGCGUGUGGCUCAUUUCCAGGCUGUAAGUUUACCGGUUGAACAGCGACUACGACAACUCAUCGCUCUACCGACGUUUGAUUCUAAGCAAACGGUAAACGAUGUGCACGUACAGGAGGAGCUCAAGCUGCUCAUCGGGAUGUAUUCGGGCAUCGCCCGCUCUGCAGAAGCAGCUAGCCAUGCUCCUAUCACAGCAUUCUGUCUGCCUGCUCUACCUGUCAUUGUGAAGAUCUUCCUGAUAUUCCAAGGUGAUACGCAGAUUGCAAACCUCAUCUUGACCUUCUUCUGUCUCAUGGUGGAGGCGCAACUGUGCUAUCUUUCUCCGCGUGACGCACUACAAGUAUACACAGUCGUUGACGAUCUUGUUCGUGCGUACUGCCGACAUAAUUUGGGUAAGAAGAGCAUGCAAGAUGGUACUGAAGAAGAGAACUAUGAUGAUUUGUUGGCACUCCUUACACUAUUGUCGCAUUUGGUGUCAAAAGACUUUAUCGACUUUUCGGAAGAUGCAACGACUGAACAAGAGCAGAAAGAUGCCAGCGGUGCUUCCAGCGUUGUAGCUGACGUGGUUUUUUCUGGGUUGAGCCAAGUGAUUCCACUAAUGACAGAGCAGUUGUUGACGUACCCAAGUUUGAGCAAGCAGUACUUUACACUGGUGUCGUAUAUGGUGGAAGUCUACGCGGAAAAGCUUUUGUCGUUGUCUAGUGACCUUUUUCAAAUGCUGCUGCACUCACUGUUGGUCGGCAUGCGUCAUGUGUCAGUGGAUGUAGUGCGCAACAGCUUUCAGGCGCUUGAUGAACUAGUUAGUUACCACUGGAAGGCGCAGCAAGGCCAGAAACCGGGACUCGCUGUCCACUACCAGCAGCGUCCAGGAAUGUUCAUGGUGUUUCUGCGUACUAUCUUCCGCAUGGUGCUUUUCGAAGAUUACGAUCCAGUCAUCCUGGACGCAUGCGCUAGUCCACUGUAUCCGCUCAUUUUGAUUGAGCAGGCUCGCUACUCUACACUGGCCGAGGAGAUUGUCCACGAGCAGGAAAAUCUGGACGCUACCAACCAGCAACGGCUGGCUUCCGCGUUUGUAGUGCUCAUCAGUUUUCUAUCGCCUGGAGAUAUUGCAACGGGAACGGCAACUACGCGCAAGAUGCGCCGGCAGUUCAAGACAAACUUGUACGCUUUUGUUGCUGAGGUGCGGGGGUUCCUUCAGGUCAAGUGA